AUGGUUGCUCUGCCAAAGCCCCGAAUGGGUAUCUACACUGGAGUCAGUUCACCCAUCCCUGCCACAGUUACACUCGCAUCGCACACACACGAACAAAAUGCCCAUAAUAGGGCCUACAUUUUGCUUUUGAUUAAUUCGGACGGACUCACCAAGUCCCUCUACUCGCCGCAAAUCGAUGCCUCCCUUGCCUUUUUGGAUUGGCUCUUUUUUGAUAUGACCAAGAGACUGACUACGAGGCCAUGUGGAACUCUUUCAAUAUUCACUUAUACAUAA